GGGAAACCAUGCUCUCCCAUAGGGAUAGUGAUGAUGACUUCGAAGAUGUCUGGAAGCAACAGAUGAAGAAGAGGGCGGCCAGAAAACAACCCAGGACCAUCCCAGUGGCUAAGCGUCCAAGAAAGGGGUCCCGAAAGGACUGUGAUGGACUUAGGAAUCAGAAACCCUCUGCUGGUGAUCUCUUAGAGGCUGUGAAGACUGCCAAGAGUGCCAUGCAGGUUGUGGUGGAUGACUGGCUGGAGGGCUACAAGCACAAUCAAGAUGCAGGAUUCCUGGAGCUCAUUAAUUUUUUCAUUGGGGCUUGUGGGUGCAAAGGUGUAGUAACCCAUAAGAUGUUCAAGACCCUGCAGAAUUCAGAGAUCAUCCAGCAUCUGACGGAGAAGUUUGAUGAGGAUUCUGUAAAAUACCCACUGGCAGCAUCAGGUCCAGCCUGGAGGAAAUUCCGAAGCAGCUUCUGUGAAUUUGUGGCUGCACUGGUGUGUCAAUGUCAGUAUAGCUUCCUCUAUGAUGACUUCCUCAUGGAUACCCUCAUCUCCCUACUCACUGGUCUGUCUGAUUCUCAGAUCCGUGCUUUCCGUCACACCAGCACCCUGGCUGCCAUGAAGUUAAUGACUGGCCUAGUAAGAGUUGCCAUUCGCCUGAAUCUCCAAAAGGACAACAAUCUACGACAGUAUGAGGCAGAGCGCAGCAAGGGGGUGGGCCACAGGUCCCCAGAACGUCUAGAGAUCCUGUUGGAGAAACAGAAGGAGCUCCAGGAACACCAAGAAGAGAUUGAAGGAAUGAUGAACGCCAUCUUCAGGGGUGUUUUUGUACACCGGUACAGGGAUGUCCUCCCUGAGAUCCGUGCCAUCUGCAUAGAAGAGAUUGGGUCAUGGAUGCAGACUUACAGCACGUCCUUCCUCACCGACAGCUACCUCAAGUACAUUGGCUGGACCUUGCAUGAUAAGCAGCGGGAAGUUCGUCUAAAGUGUCUGAAGGCUCUUCAAGGCUUGUAUAGCAACCGGGAUUUCAUUUCCUGUCUGGAGCUUUUUACCAGUCGCUUUAAGGAUCGAAUGGUUUCCAUGGUGAUGGACCGAGAGUAUGAUGUAGCCGUGGAGUCCAUCAAGUUACUGACCUUAAUCCUGAAGAACAUGGAGGGAGUACUGACAGACGCUGACUGUGAGAGCAUCUACCCUGUGGUGUAUGCCUCCAACCGAGCUUUGGCCUCUGCUGCAGGGGAGUUUCUGUAUUGGAAGCUUUUCUUCCCUGAGUGUGAGGUAGGAGUGGCAAGUGGAAGAGAGCAACAUCCCGGUGCUCGAAGGAAUUUCUUCUAUCUCCUGCUAGCUUUCUCCAUGGAGAGUGAGCUCCAUGACCAUGCAGCUUAUCUGGUGGACAGCCUGUGGGACUGUGCAGGGCCUCAGCUGAAGGACUGGGAGAGUUUGACAGGGCUGCUGCUGGAGAAGGAUCAAAGCUUGGGGGAUGUGCAGGAGAACACUCUGAUAGAGAUCCUUGUGUCUAGUGCCCGGCAAGCUACAGAGGGUUACCCUCCUGUGGGGAGGGUCACUGGAAGAAAGGGUUUCACUGCUAAAGAGCGUAAGAUCCAGGCAGAUGACAAGCUAAAACUGACAGAGCACCUCAUUCCUCUGCUGCCUCAGCUUUUAGCCAAGUUUUCAGCUGAUGCAGAAAAGGUUUCCCCCUUGCUUCAGCUUCUCAACUUUUUUGACCUCAACAUCUACUGCACUGGACGUCUACAGAAACACUUAGAGUUGCUCCUUCAGCAGCUUCAAGAAGUAGUGGUGAAGCAUACAGAACCUGUGGUGUUAGAGGCUGGGGCCCGGGCACUCUACUUGCUCUGUGACCCAGAGUUCACCUUCUUCGGCCUGGUAGACUUUGCCCGAAGCCAGCUGGUAGACCUGCUGACUGACCGAUUCCAACAGGAGCUAGAAGAGCUACUACAGGGCUCCUUCUUGGAUGAGGAUGAGGUGUAUAAUAUGGCGGCCACUCUAAAGCGUCUUUCUGCCUUCCACAAUGCACAUGAUCUAACACGCUGGGAGCUGUAUGAGCCAUGUUGCAGACUCCUGAAAAAAGCUGUGGAUACUGGAGAUAUACCAAGACAAAUAAUCCUCCCAGCACUGACUCUCAUCUAUUUCUCUAUCCUUUGGACAUUGGCUCAUGUCUCUGGAUCAAAUUCUUCACAGGAACAGGUGCUGGGCUUGAGGGGAAAACUGGUGACCUUCUGUGAUCUCUGCCAAAUCUGCCUUUCGGAUGUGGAUUCAGAGAUCCAAGAACAAGCUUUUGUCUUAUUAAGUGACCUGCUCCUUAUCUUCAGCCCUCAGAUGAUUUUGGGGGGGCAGGAUCAUCUGAAGCCUCUCAUCUUUCUUCCUGAGGCCACCCUGCAGUCAGAGUUAGCCAGCUUCCUCAUGGACCAUGUCUUCAUCCAGCCAGGAGAGCCAGGCAGUGAUGCAGAAGAGGAACAGGCACAGAUUGAACAGCUGCACCAACGGCGUCGUCUUUUGGCUGGAUUCUGUAAGCUGUUGCUCUACGGGGUUCUGGAAAUGGAAGCAGCCUCGGAUAUCUUCAAGCACUACAGCAAGUUCUACAACGACUAUGGUGAUAUCAUCAAGGAAAUGCUAACACGGUCAAGACAGAUCAACCGAAAACAGUGUUCUCAAACCCUGUUGCUUAGCCUUAAACAGUUGUACACGGAGCUGUUGCAGGAGCAUGGGCCACAGGGCCUGGAUAGUCUUCCAGCCUUCAUGGAGAUGAGGGAUCUGGCCCGGAGGUUUGCCUUGAGCUUUGGACCUCAGCAGCUGCAGAACCGGGACCUUAUUGUCAUGCUUCACAAAGAUGGCAUCAAGUUUUCCCUGGCAGAGUUGCCUCCAGCUGGCUCCUCAAAUCAGCCUCCCAAUUUGGCAUUUUUGGAGCUGCUUGAAGAAUUUUCACCUCGUCUUUUCCACCAGGAUAAGCAGCUCCUGCUAUCCUACUUGCAAAAGUACCUGCACCAGGUCCCACAGCCAUCUAGCCAUUCGUGGAGCCCAGUCAUAUCCUACUGCCGUUCCCUCAGCUCACAAGAAAAUGGUGCUGAGACCAGCCCCCAGGGAAACCCCCAGCCCAAGAGGAGGCGCAUGGAAGCCACUUCCAAGCAAGGUCAAGAGCAUUUCUGCCCAUCUCAGGAACAGAGCCUACUUCUAAGCAGUGUCCCACAGACUCCUGCAUUCACCUCUACAACUGUGAAAGGGAAUUAUUCCCUUUGUAGACAAAAGGAUGAAGAAGAGGACUCUGCAUCAGAGUUUACCCAAAGCCAGCCAUCCUUUGGUUCCCAGAAGCCCAAACACUCAUACCCAGAGGAUUUCCACCGCACUGUCCAUAGCCACUAUGGACCUGGUCUGGGCAAUAAGCUAACCCGACUCAGUCUUAUGGAGGAGGAGGAGGAUGAUGAGAUAGUAAUACAAGAGUCAAGUGAAGAGGAAACAGGGGAAUGGGAAGAUACAGAUAAGUAUCCAAGCUCUCAAUCUUCCUUCAAACAUGCGAGAGACCUCUUUGACUCUGCAGAAGUAGAUGGUGAUGAUUUCUGACACCACACUGUGCCUUCUUCAAGCUAAUUGUUCAAUCAUCACUAUGGCCAAUUGGAAUAUAAAAAAUGGGGUCCAAAGCCAUGCCAGUCACUGAGGAAAAAUAAAAGAGGAGCUUUUACUUGUCGUCUUCUCCCAAUUUUAUCUUACAUUUUCUUUCCUCCCUGUGAUUUUUGGAUUGGAGAAGCCAUGACUUUCCUCCUGGUGCAUGUUUAACCAGGGCUUUGUCUCACCUAUUACUGAGGUUUACGUUCCCCCACACAAUAAUUUGGGAGAGGAGAGUCCAUCCUCAUAUUUUUGAAGAGGUAUACUACAUUUCUAUGGGAAAGUUAUCUUCAUUUCCCUAUGUUUGUGGA